AUGGAGGCAGCACGAGCAGCAGUCAGCAAGAUCACCAGUCGAACUGGUCACCGAACCGAUGUCGACGAGGUUGUGAACCCCGCCGUUGUUCAGGAAGUUGUCAAGCCACAUAGACACGAGGAGACUCAGGAGGCUAUUGACCGAGAAGUUCACCAGCACCAUUACCACACCACUGUCCAGCCUAUCGCACAUCGAGAGGUUGCACCUGAGAAGCACGUUCACAACGUCGUUCCUCAGAUUGAGCGAGAGUUCAGACACGAUAACGAGGCUGAGACCGCUCGACGAGUUUCCGCUGAGCUCAGCCAGUUCAAGAAUACACAAACCGUCACAAACACAACCACUUCAACUCAAGCCGCCGCUGCUGUUGUCGGUGAGCACGUCCACCACCACGUCCACGAGACUGUCCAGCCAGUCAUCCACAAGGAGACUAUCCGACCCGAGGUCGUCCACACCACCGUUCCUAUUCACGAGGUUCAUGUCGAGUCAGCUCAACACCAUGGCCUAUCUGCUCUGCCCAUGAAGACUCUUGACGAGUUCCGAGCUGCAGGCGGUGUCCUUCAGGGAAGCAAGAGUCACACUCACGAAGAGUACGAUGGUGCCCCACGACCAUACAACGAGAAGUUGAAGACUACCAUUGAUAAGGUUCUUCCAGGUCACCACACCACUGGUACAACUGGCACAACAGGUGCUGGCCUGACCGGUGCAGGUCUGACUGGUACUCACUCAGGUACAUCAGGCACUAGCUUGACCGGUACUCACUCAAGUGGACACCACACUGGUGCCCUUGGUGCAGGUGCUGCUGGUGCAGGUACUGCAGGUGCUCUUGGUACCACCGGUCGACACCGACGAGGCUCCAACAGCUCCAGUUCAUCUGAUGAAAGCCGUCGACGACCAGACUCCGGCUAUUCAGGUGACCGUAGCACUCGAUCAGGCAACAAGCCAUCUUUGAUGGAUAAGUUGAACCCACGUGUUGACGCUAAUGGUGACGGUCAGCCAGGCUUCAUGAAAUGA